UGCCCUGUAGGAGAGAGCGACCCUGCCAGAGCUCUGCAACAAGUCUCUGUGAUUAUCGCCAGCGGUAUGGCACUUUCUAUGCAACUUCAAACUUACUGUUAAAAAACUUUUGAAUCAUUAUAUGUGCUUGUCCGCGUUAGGAAACUGAGCACACAUGUCAAAAUAAAACGGAGGUUAAAUCCAUGUUGAAAAGUCGAAAGAACACAACACAAGAUUUUGACUGGUGAACAUUCUUCAAGUGUGAGGGGGAGAGAGCUGUAGACUUCAUCCAGUGGAAAGGGAUUUGCCAUGGAGUCGUACAGAGUUGGUGGUAUUCCAAGCAGCCCAAUUCAGCAAGAUUACAUGCAGUGUGAUCGCACAGGAAGAUCUCAGAGCAACGGGACUGGGUCGUAUGGCGUCAGCAUCCGAGUUCAGGGCAUUGACGGUCAUCCCUAUGUUGUGCUGAACAACCGGGAAAGAGAAUCGCUGCCCUGCAGGCCCCAGAAUGGAUAUUCCGGUCCCUGCAAAGACGAGGGGGAAUCAUUUAUCGAUGACUACCAUGAGUAUGACUUUAAGGGAAGCAAGCUCUCGUCAUCGGAGAACCCCUUUGUGGAGUACAGAUCUCAGAAGCAGAUGCUGUUCAGCGGGUCACACAAUGGGGUCACAGAGUUUAAAGAAACGCCAAGGAAGACCUCCACCCUCUUGAAUUUUCAGAGGCACCCGGAGCUCUUAAAGCCUUACGAUCCAGAGAAUAACAGCUGGAAUUUGGAAGGGUGUCACAGCCUUCCUCCGAGGCCGGCCUCCUUUGCCGAGACAGGGAGCCGGUUUGGGGGUUCCUUGCCUCCUGGGGGUUCCUUGCCUCCUAGGGCUUCUUCCCCGAUACGUUCCUCAAGGUUCGAGAACCCCCAACCCGAGAAUAAUGCAUUGGUCAAACCCAGUCCUCCAGUGUGCCAGGAGAAAGUGGGCCCACAGUCUUCCAGUGCUGCCAGCUGUUCAGCUGACACCCCCAAGCUCACUGCUGGAUCUCCAAGUACCACCACCAGCAGCACCGAUUCCAGUUUGGAGCGUAAAAGUCCAGGGCCUGACAUCCUCCCUCUUCGCCGGUACGAUUCCAGCGGGCCAGUGCUGGAGGCCUCGAGGUCCCGAAGGUCGUCGGGUUCGUCCACGACCGCGACGUCGGUGACGUCCGCCAACAAGCUCCUGCAGGACGACCAAGAUGAUGCCCUCUACGCGGAAAACAUCAACAGGCACGAGAACAGGCGUUACAUACCAUUCGUGCCUGGCACGGGGCGUGACAUUGACACGGGUUCCAUCCCCGGGGUGGAGGAGCUCAUCGACAAGUUUGACAAGAAGCACAGCCGUCAGAGAAGGGGCCGGGCUGGGAGAAGGAACAGGAUCAAUCCCGAAGAUUUCAAACGGUCCAGAAGUGUGGACAGUGCGCUCCCCUUUGGCCUGCGGGGGGAUGCAGGUUACUCGGAUCGGUUCCGUGAGAAUCAGGGCAAAUCAACUGAACGCCUGCUCAGGCCCUCUCAGUUGCGUCAGCAGAAGGCAGCUCCGGGUUCGAGCCUGGCAGCCAAAGCCUCUCAGCCUGGCCAGCCCAGCAGUUCUGAUCUCGGCAAACUCGACGACAAAGGUCCUGUACAGGACAGCAGCCUCAGGUCAUCACAAGGCAGCAGCAGUGGAAAAGCAACCAAUCUGGGAAGCAAGCCAGUAUUAUGUAGGUCUUCCACGCUACCAUUUGAAAGUAAGGGAUAUGAAGAGGAAAAGAUGCCAAGGUCUAUAAAAGUGCUGUCCACCACAGUAGCUUCACCUCUGGCCAAGACUACCUGGGGGGUUAGUAAGAAGUCUGAUGGAGAAAGGGACACGCAGGCAACACCUGAUCUUUUAAAAGGUCAGCAAGAGCUUUCACAACAAACAAACGAGGAGACUGCAAAACAGAUCUUAUUCAAUUACCUCAAGGACGGGAGCACUGAUAAUGAUGACACCACCAAGAAGAAGGUCAACCUGGUUUUUGAGAAAAUCCAGACUUUAAAGUCGAGGGCUGCAGGGAAUGUGCAGACGGACAACAAAACCCCUGACUCCUCGGGCGAAGCGAAACUACUGCUGGAGCAGAGAAACGAACUGGAAAGAAAGGUCACGGAGCUGAGAAAGCAGCUGGAGGAAGAAACGAAGACCCACAGGCGCCUGACUGAGACGAGGGAGAAGGCCGAGGCAGACGUGACGGAGCUGCAGAAGAAUCUGGAGCGGAGUCAGGAGGAGUGCAGCAAACUCAGGGAGCAGCUUUCCAAAACGGAGAAGGAGCUGCAGGUCACAGUUGAGGAGCUGUUCCAGGUAAAGAUGGAGAGGGAGCAGUAUCAGACGGAGAUCCGGGACCUCCAGGAUCAGCUGUCGGAGAUGCAUGACGAGCUUGACAGCGCCAAGACAGCCGGGGCUGAUGAGCAGGAGAAAGAGGCUAUUCUGGAGGAUAUGUUGCAGCUGAAGCUGGAUUUUCAGGAGAUGAUGAUUGUGAAGGAGGACCAGGAGGAGGUGCUGAGGAGGAAGGAGCGGGAGCUGACUGCCCUCAAGGGGGCCCUGAAGGAGGAAGUGUCCAGCCGUGACCAGGAAGUGGACAAGCUGAGGGAGCAGUAUGAGGAGGAGCUGCGCAGGCUGUGUGUGUCAGUGGAGGAGGCUGAGGAGAGCCGUGCUUCGGUGUCGAAGGAGAAGAGUGAAGUUGAGGCGGGAAAGAGAGCGGCCGAGGACAAGGCCGCCCGGCUCGGCCAGGAGCUGGAGAAGCUGCGGAGGAGAGUCCAGGAGCUGGAGAACGAGGUGGCCAAGCUCAACCGCAUCAUCGACCAGGCCAAGCUGGAGGAGAGCCGCAGGGCGGACAGGAUGGGCCGACUGGAGAAGGAGAAACGACAGCUGGAAGAGAGUCUGGUGGAAGUGAGGGAACAGGAGGAGGCGAUGACCAGCGCCAACAGAGCCUUAACGAAUCGCUUGGAGGAAGUUCAGCGAAACUUAACCAAAUUAACCCACGAGCACAAAGAGCUAAAUGAGAGACUGAAGGAUGAGAAAAGCCAGAAGGAGCAGUUUAAGAAAACGAAGAAUGAAAUCGAGGAUGAAAGGAGGCUGCUGGACAGAACGGUGGAGAAGCUACAGAAGGAGAUGUGCGAGAUAGUGGAGGCAUCACAGUCGUCCACCCAGGAGCUGCAGGUGCAGAUCGACGAGUACAAGGAGAAGAAUCGUAAAGAGCUGACGGACCUGCAGAGACAACUGAGGGACAGGUCCACGGAGCUGGAAAAAUCCCGGCUGGCAUCCAAGAAGCUUCAGGACGAGCUGACACUCAGAGAAGAAGAUCUGAGACAGUGCAAGAAGGAGCAAGACGAAGCUGUUCUCAGAGGACAGAAACUGGAACAAAAGAUUUAUGACCUAGAGAUCGAGCUGGAUGCCAAAUCCCACGUCAAGGACGACAGAUCGCGACAAGUCAAGCUGCUGGAGGACAGGAUUGCCCAGCUGGAGCUGGACCUGGAGGAGGAGAGGAACAGCGGAGACUUGCUCAUGGACAGGAUCGACCGGGGCCGCGAGCAGCUCGAACAGAUGAGGAAUGAACUUCUGCAGGAGAGAGCUGCGAGACAGGACCUGGAGUGUGACAAGAUUUCACUGGAACGACAGAAUAAAGACCUGAAGAGUAGAGUGGCCUAUCUCGAAGGCUCCCAGAAACCCAACAAGGAUGGCCUGGUCUCCCAACUGGAGUCCAGAAUCCAGGAACUGGAGGAGCGUCUGGAAGUUGAGGAGCGGGAUCGCGCUAACCUCCAGAUGGUCAAUCGCAGACUGGAGCGGAAGGUCAAGGAAAUGAUGAUGCAGGUGGAGGACGAGCAUCGCACUCUUAUGGACCAGAAAGACCAGCUGACCCUGCGGCUGAAGGCCCUGAAGAGGCAGAUGGAUGAGGCGGAGGAGGAGAUCGACAGGCUGGAGCACAGCAAGAAGAAGCUGCAGCGUGACCUGGACGAGCAGGUCGAAGCCAACGAGCAGCUGCAGGGGCAGCUGAGCUCGCUGCGCAACGAGAUGAGGCGCAAGAGCACGCCGGCAGCUCUCCUCAACGACCUCGACGAAGACGAUGACGACGACCUCAGCAUCGAUGGAGACAAUUUCUAUAGCUCGUCUACCGGAUACAAACUGUCUAAUCAAGAUCAUUCCCCAUGAAUGAGCAUCUACGUUAUACGCAACACAAAACUGGACAAAUUCACUUGAGGUUGGAGGACUUGGCCGAGCAAAAUUAUGGGAGUUUAAGUAAAUGUUUUACUUCCAAUGAAUUAGUUAUUAACUCCAUGUCUGCUCCAUCGCCUGCAUGCAAGUCAGCACAUCUUUUUGACCAAUUGAGACUGUUUUCAAGCAGGCCGCCCAUGAUGUUUGGAUUCUGUUACUCUUUUGAACCUAUCUUGCGUUUUUGCCAUCUUAAUUAACCUGCGAGUCAAAAAGUAGGCGUUUAUUUUUUAUUUUGUUCUUUAGCAGUUUUUCUUUGUAUGCCAUUAUUAUUUCUGAAUAACUUGAAUAUGCGUGCUGCCAACUUUGAGCAUAAUGCCUUAAAUGUUUUAUUUAUUAUUUUCUGUAUAGAAAACAAAAAUGAAGGAGGAGAGAUUUUUCAGUAAGGGAUAUUGUUAUGAGGGAUCAUGUUUUAUAUAUAUACGUUUUAAAUAAUUUUGUACAUAUUUAAAAGAUUUAAAUUCCUAUUCAUUUUAAACAUGCAAUUCUUUUUGUAUUAAGCUUAGGUGGAAUUUUUAAAUCCUGUCUAACUGGAGGAAAUUAGAAGAUGCUUUACCAAAACUCCCUUUUGACUAUAAACAAAAAAUAUAUUUAUCUUAGAAAAGGUAUCGGUUACUACAUCAUAUGCUUAAAGUGUUUAUUUUAUGGUUGACUGAACCUGAGACUUUCUACAGCUUAAUUUACUUAACCGUUAUUGAGCAUGAAGACUAAUUUUCUUUAAAAGUUCAGAAUGGAAUACCUUACGGACUAGCAUAUAGACAUCCCCUACUGAUAAAGUGCCUGUGUGUAGCCUUAAAGUAUCAUUGAGGCAUUUGGUCUUAUUUUUGUAAAGAGAAUCUCUGUACAAGAAUCUUAAUUUUUCAGGUGGCAGACACCGAAGCAUGUGAAAACAAACCAGUGUUAUCGUCAGUGUUAAUGUCGCUGCUUCAGUCAAGAACUUCAUAGUGAGCAGUUUCUCCAGACAAACUGGAGUCAUUGUGUAAGCAGGUUUUAACCACAGCCCUGCAAUAUAGAAUCAGAUGGCCUCAACACAGAGGUAACACAAGCGUGACGCAACACCGAGCCAAAAAUCCAGAAGAACCAGCACUUCCCAGUCUGGUAGUUCUUGGCGCUGUGCAUCACACAAUUAUACCGCAAGUCCAGAAGUGUUGAGGAAAGACAUUCCAAACUGGCUCGUUCCAUUUGAGAACAAUUACUGCACAAUGUUACACUGACAUUCCCCUAGCUGUGCUGCUCUGGGGUGUGUUCUUCUAUUGCUUUCACAUAGACACCACUAGUCCUGCCGGGCGGCAACGUUGCUGGUCUGUUGCUACUCCAUAAGCCAUUGGGGAAUGAGUCAAAAAUAAUUACACUGCUACCUCUCGGUGUCCGGAACUGUAAAGCUGCAGCAACACCUUUUGGGAAAUAAAGGAUUAUUAGCCAA